UUCCUCGUCUGCUAUUCGCGCGCUCGUUCGUUCGUUCGGUCAGUUCCAGCGGUUUCGUUCAGUCAGUUCUCGCCCGCCGCCGCGUCCACACGUCCGCGUUCCUCGCAUCAUGAGCCAGCCAGCCAACACAUAAAUCUACCAAAAUGAAGCCGUACCGGUUAUAACGUUUCUUUCAAAACUCCAAAUUAAUUUUAAUUCGAAUAUACAUAAUUGUGAUAUUAAGUUAGUAUUUCCUCAUAAAUUUGUAUUUAUAUAUCAAAAAUGGUUUGUAACGUUUAGUCUCUAGUUUAUAUCUAUAUCUAUUGUUAUACAUUUAUUUAUCAGUGCUCAAGUUAAUCUCAUUCCAAAAUAAACACCCAGUUUAUAAAAUUCGUCGGAAAACUCGUCAACUACAAUGUCAUCUAGAACUCGUUCACAUUGGAAGGAAUAUGGAACAGCACUAUGUGCCACCCUCAUCACGGCAACUGCCGGCACCUGCUUCGGCUGGCCGUCGCCCACGCUGUCGUACCUGCAGUCCCCCGCCAGCUCCAUCCCCACCAGCAAGGACGAGGGCUCCUGGAUCGUGUCCAUCAUGAUCCUGUGCUCCGCGCUGACCCCCGUGCCCGCCGCCUACGCCGCCGACCGCCUCGGCCGCAAGACGACGCUGCUGCUCGGCGCCGUUCCCUUCAUCAUCGGCUGGAUCCUCGUGAUGGUGGCCAGUUCCGUGCCCGUGCUGUACGUGGCUCGCAUGUUCUCCGGGCUCGGCUACGGCAUCGUGUACACCGUGGCCCCCAUGUACACCGGCGAGAUCGCCACGAAUGAAGUCCGCGGCGCCCUCUCCACACUCAUCACUCUAAUGAACAAAGUCGGAAUUCUUGCCCAGUACUGCAUCGGACCAUUCGUGUCUAUGAAGACUCUAGCCGGGAUCAACUUAAUCCUACCCGUUACCUUCGUCAUUAGCUUCUUAUUCUUGCCAGAGUCGCCUUACUACUACCUGAAAUUUGAGCGCAGUGAGAGAGCGGAGCGUUCUCUAAGAGCACUCCGCUCUGGUGAUAUAAGACUGGAAUUAAAGAACAUAGAGAUAAAUGUACAAGAGGACAUGAAGAACCGAGGGACUUGGAGCGACCUGCUGACAGAGGCAACGAAUAGAAAAGCUAUGUUUAUCAGUCUGGGGAUCUUCACGAUACAGCAGUUGUGCGGCAGUGCAGCGGUGGUUGCGUAUACUCAAACGAUAUUUGAAAGUACUGCUGGCGCGCUGAAGUCUUACGAGGAGUCCAUGAUAGUGGGGUGUGUGCAGGUCGCCACGUGCAUCGUGUCGGUGAUCCUGGUGGACCGAGUGGGCAGGAAGCCGCUACUACUACUAUCAGCGCUUGGCGUCGGUCUUAUGAACGGAACACUGGGCACAUACUUCUACUUCGCGAACUCAAAUCCUUCAGUGAUUGAAAAGCUACACUGGAUCCCGCUUGUGGCGAUGCUGGUAUAUAUCGUGUGCUAUGCUAUCGGCCUAUCGACGGUUCCGUACGUGAUCAUUGGAGAGAUGUUCCCGACCAACGUGAAGCUGUACGCGUCGUGCGUCGCGCACAUCUACACCGGCAUAGCCAUGUUCACAGUGCAGAAACUAUUCCAGGUGGUAUCGGACAUGUGGAGCAUCCAGAUCGUGUUCUGGGGCUUCUCCCUGUUCUCGUUCUGCGGGCUGUUCUUCAUGCUGGCCAUGCUGCCGGAGACCAAGGGCAAGUCCUUCGCGUCCAUCCAGGCGCAGCUGCGCCGCGACGUCGCGCGCGACAACGCCAAGAAACUCAUGACCGUCGAGUUCUAACCGCCCCAAGUAUUUAGGUUGUGAUACAAAAUUGCAGUGCUGAGACGCUACUCUUACAUUAGGGAUCAAAUGAAACUUAAAUCAUACUGAUACUUAAUUUAAUGGAUAGUUUUACAUACGUAUAGUUUUAUAUACAAGAGAAGUAUUUAUGCUCCGGUCACAUGAGGAGCUUGAUGACGGCCGUGAGCGGCAGCAGGGAGGGGGCGAGGAGGGAGGCGGAGGAGAAGGCCUUGAAGUCCUGGGGGUCGUACCCCGGGGGCAGGCCGCGGCUCCGGACCACGCCGGAGUAGAGCCGCGCCGACUGCUUCGCCGUGCGCGUCUUGUUCGGGCUAUUGAAGUCCACGAGGUACAGACCGAAGCGGGACCUGCAAAUGCAUUUAAAUCUUAACAUGACGAGUUCAAUUAAAGCUAAAGAGUUUGACUA